AUGAAUUCAUCGGUUAUUGUCAACGAUCUGUUGGACGAGUUGUCCGAAGAACGAAACCGAUUGGCCGAAGACAAGGACCGACUGUCCCGUCGGUUGGCGUUCAGCGAGAAAUACAUUGAAUUAAUGCUAAACUAUAGGAAAUGUUUGAUUACUUUUGACAAACACUGUGUUUGCGAUGAAAACUCGUUAAACAAGUUUAUGUUAACUCUUCUCGAGAAGGAGUUCCACACGUUUGAAGACAAUGAAGACAACUAUCGAUACGAACCGAUGCCAAGCAAACAGUCAAUUGGUGUACAAACCGGUGAUAAGGAGAGUCGCGGACAAGAGUUUUCAUUUAUGAGCGAACGCUUCAAUUACGAGCAUAUGUUGACCACCGAUGACAGUGUCGGCGAUAAUACGGCCGAUAAUAUCGACAAUUAUGUUAACGAUUCAAAUNACAAUGAAGACAACUAUCGAUACGAACCGAUGCCAAGCAAACAGUCAAUUGGUGUACAAACCGGUGAUAAGGAGAGUCGCGGACAAGAGUUUUCAUUUAUGAGCGAACGCUUCAAUUACGAGCAUAUGUUGACCACCGAUGACAGUGUCGGCGAUAAUACGGCCGAUAAUAUCGACAAUUAUGUUAACGAUUCAAAUGAUUGUAAAGAAAUGUUACCACUGAUGACCAAUCAAGUGAACAAUGAGUAUCUAAUGCCGGAGAUGAGGGAUGAUUACGAAGUAUCGGUUCCAGUGGUGGUCACCAACUCUACGCCCAAACUAACGACUCAAUCAAAGCGUGUGACGCGGACUAAGAAUAAGACCAGAGCUAAAUCAACGCAGAGCGCCAACAACGGUCGUAACGCCACGGAUCAGCUGAAUUGUCCCAAAAUAGGCUGUUAUCAGAGUUUCAGUUCGCAAAACCAAUUGGACAAACACAUUGUCAGCGCUCACCCGAACGCCCGGCCCUAUCGGUGUCCCUAUUGUCCCAAAACAUACAAACUAUCGCAUCAUUUGAAAGGACACCACAACAAGACUCACGCCGACGACCAGCCAAUGCGCGGCCGAAUCUCAGUCGACGACGAGAGGCAACAUUUUAGUCGCUGUCGUCUCGCAGACCGAUCGGGAUAUCUGUGCGAUUGGCCCGACUGUCAACAGCUUAUCGUCACUUACGAUGGUUUCAAGAAUCAUAUGCGGAAUCACCGCGGUGAUUAUCGGUACGCAUGCGAUGAGUGCGACAAACAAUACGUGAAUAACUAUCGUCUGAUACGACACCAAAGAGGGAGUCACAACAGAUCCGUGGACUACGAGUGUCAAUACCCGGACUGUCACUACAAGACAUCCCUAAGAUUUCAACUUAACUCACAUUACAUGAGACACAACAACGAGAAGGCGUUCAAGUGUCGCAUCAAUGGCUGUAAAUCCAGUUUCAAUGUUGAGUAUGACUUAACUCGGCAUAAAGUCCGUAAACACGGUCUCAAUCGUGUCAAACGUAUUGUCUCGACUGACACUAAAUCCAGGUUUAUGUCUCAAUUGCCCAUCGAUUAAGUCCUUUAAAUGUUUGCAAUACUGUAUUACAUAAAAAUUAAUUAAAAUUUGAAACACAAUUAUUCACAUAA